AUGUCUGGAAAUCACAAAGCGGGAAUUAAAUAUCCUUCGGAAUAUGUCAAGCUCAAUAUCGGCGGUUCCUUACACUACACUACUUUAGGAACACUCCAAAAACAUGAUACUAUGUUACGAGCUAUGUUUAGUGGUCGCAUGGAAAUUCUUACAGAUCCCGAAGGGUGGAUAUUAAUAGAUAGGUGUGGAAAACAUUUUGGAACAAUCUUAAAUUUUCUAAGAGACGGAUCAGUUCCAUUACCAGAAAGUACAAGAGAAAUGGCAGAAUUACUUGCAGAAGCAAAAUAUUAUUGCAUUACCGAGCUAGCUGAAUCUUGUGAACAAGCACUUCUUCGAAAAGAAAGAGAAGCAGAACCUAUUUGUAGAAUUCCACUUAUUACUUCUCAGAAAGAAGAGCAAUUAUUAAUUAGUAGUACUACUAAACCAGUAGUGAAGUUGCUUGUUAAUAGACAUAAUAACAAGUAUUCAUAUACAAGUACAUCAGAUGACAAUCUCUUGAAAAACAUAGAAUUGUUCGACAAAAUGUCCCUUAGAUUUGGUCGUAGAGUGUUAUUUAUUAAAGAUGUGAUUGGCUCCAGUGAAAUUUGUUGUUGGACAUUUUAUGGUCAUGGUCGCAAAGUUGCAGAAGUUUGUUGCCACUCCAUUGUUUAUACAACUGAUAAAAAACACACAAAGGUUGAGUUUCCAGAAGCCAGAAUUUAUGAAGAAACAUUAAAUAUUUUAUUAUAUGAACAUCGAAAUGGUCCUGAUCAAGAAUUAAUGCAAGCAACAUCAUCACGUGGUGCAGUCAGUGGUGCACCACCUUGUACAUCAGAUGAAGAAGAGGGUGAGCGUUCAGGCUUGGCUCGCCUUCGCUCCAACAAACAAAAUACCAACUGACCCAAUCUUACCUCUCUUACCCCUCCUAAUCCAGCGACCCUUAGCGUCGUUCGAGUCCUCGCCCUUAAGACACGAGCCAAUACAAAGUAAGAUGUGUGAAAAAGGAAACGUAUACAAAAUUUUAUAUAUAUAUGCAUAUUUAUAGAUAAAGAUAUCUAUACAUAUACAUAUAUGUAUAUCUAUGUAUUCUCUUGAGCGAAAAAUGAAUAGUAUGAUUAAAAUUAAUUAUUAAUUAUAUUAUGCAUUGCACUUCAUUGCAUUGCAUUGUCUUAUUCACUUCUUUGAUCUAUAUCUAAACAUCCUAAUUAUUUCACAUAUCUGAAAUCAUUUUUAGAACCGAAUGACACAAUUUGUCUUGGAUUUAUAUUAUAAGAUAUUGAGAUAUGUAAAAAUAUAAGAAUACGUUUUCGUAUCUUUUAUUUUCACAUCGUAAAUUUGAAAAUAAGUAUUUCUAAGAGAACACAUAUACGAGUACUACUUAUGUGCCAAAUGUUCGUGUCAGACGUGAAACAAGAAUAAGUCGAAGUUGCCAUUUUGUGACUGAUGGAAUUAUUUACUCUUAUACUCUAUAACAACUUUUAAGCAGUUAUUAAGAUUAAGAAAAUACAUAAGAAAAUUGCAAAAUAUAAAAUUACGUUAUUACAAAUAUUAUUAUUUUUAUAUAAUUAUAUUAUUACUAUUACUUGAUUAAGAUACUUAAGAUAUUAUUAUUAUUAUUAUUAUUAUUAUUGUUAUUAUUAUUAUUAUUAUUAUUAUCAUCAUCAUUAUCAUCAUCGUCAUCAUUACCACCAACAUCAUCAUUAUCAUCAUCAUUACUAUCAUCAACAUCAUUAUUAUUAUUAUUAUUAUUAUUAUUAUUAUUAUUAUUAUUAUUAUUAUUAUUAUUAUAAUUAUAUAUAUAUUAUAUAUAUAUAAUUAUAAAACCAACAUUUUUAUAUUCUUUUUUUACGAAAAAAAAUUAUGUUUGAAUAAAUUAAUAUAAAAAAAUGUAUUUGCUUGAACAUUUUUCAAUUUAAGAAUUAUCUUAAAUUGCUUAAAAGAUGAUGUGGAGUAAACACUGCCAGUAAAAUAAUUACAGUGGAGUAUAUAAGCCAGUUUGAUAUAAUUUAAAAAUUAAUCUAUAAUGUGAUUGGUUUUUUUGGUUUAAAAUUAAAAUUAAAAAUAUUAGUUUUUUUAUUAUAAACAAAAUGACUUUUACAAGCAUAUAAGCUUUGUGUUAAUUUCUAUAUAUCAUUCCAAAAUAUGAUAUAUUUGAUGCUUUUUAUUUUGCUUACACACUUCCAUUUAAAAAAACAAAUGUAUUUAAAUAUAAUUCAAUGAAUACUACAAACUAAUUUAAUAUAUUCUUUUUAAUAUGGUGCAAACUCAUAUUUAAUGAAGGGACCAUAUGUAUUCCAAUUUUGAAUCUACAGUUAUUUUACUGUAGUACAAUAUAUAAAAUUAUGUAAAAUUCAAUAGACCUUUAAAUUAUUUAUUAAGUUUUUUUUUUUUUUAGUUUUUAAUAUAAGUUAAAAACUUAUAUUAUUCUCCCGAAUACAAGACGAUAUUUAUAAUAUAUAUAUAUAUCGCAAUAUAAAUGCAACAAUGCAAAAGAGUUCAUGUUCCUAUAAAUUUAUAUAAUAAAAAUUUUAAAUUGUAGAUAAUGAAUAUGGUUCAUAUUUCGUAUUUAUUAUAAAUUGUUAUAAGUAAUAAAAUUAUGUAAUAUGUAAGUUAAGCUAAAUGCAAUAUAUUAUGUUAAUCAAAAUAUUGCUUAAAUUUUUCAACCUCACAGUAAAGCACAGUUUUAGUGGCCUCCUUUGUCAGGUAAAACCGACACGAAAUAUAAAAUUUAUUCAAAUUACAUAUUUCCAUAUUUAAAAAAUAGUAGAAUUAGUUGUUGUCAAAAAAUAAAUUAAAAAUUGUACUGAUUAUUUAUCUUUUCUUUCAGGAAACUAAUACGUUCCAUCAUACAUGGGGUAACCAUGGUCUACUUAUUAAAUCAACGAAAUUUUUUAUCUGGCCAUUGUAUAACUAAAUAUUUCUGUUUUACAAUUAUUUAAAAAUAUAUAACAAAAUUUUGUCUUGUA